AUAAAGUUGUUGAUCCAGUUAUUUAAUUGCAGCUGAAUGAAACGAAUAAUAAUAACAAUUUACAUUAAAAUAAGGUGAGAUGGGUUUUCUAAUAAAGAUGAAUGAAAAAGGCCAACGAGAAUUCUGACAGUAGCUAGGUACAGUUAUCUCCCUUUUGUUUACAUCCUUUGCUAUUUGAGUCACUCGCUCAUUGAUUCUUGGAAAAAAAACUGAGUAAAUAAAACAUUUUGUCUGUCUGUCUGUAUGUCAUUGUGCCUCCCCCUAUGAUGCCGUUCCCGUGCGCGUGUGUUGGUGUGUGGAUAGAGUUGCAGUUAGUUGGUGUAAAAUAACCGAUUCUUUGGGGGCCUAAGUGGUCGGUCCUGUUCAAAGCUUACUGCUGCAACAAGUUCUGACUGGAUAGUAAAUAUUGGUUGGAGUAAUAUUAACUGGAUUUAUAUUAAUGUCACCUGAAACACACAUUAAUGAUAAAAGAGAAGAAAAACUGAUAAUCACUGAUGCCAUAUUUCUACCAAAGAACAAUACUAUGUAUCCAAUCCAACCGAUGUAUCCUGUAGGAAACCAUUUAAAUUUUGAACUCCAAAAUCAAGGUUUUUUUCAAAAUGACCAACAUUCUCAUUCCAAUCUGCAAUCAUUGCCAAGUUUAGAAAAUAAAAAUUCAAAAUCUCAACCUGAGAACCUUAAAAUCCAUUCAUCUCAAGAAAAACCUUUCAAAUGUGAAAUAUGUAGAAAAGGUUUUGCACGCAGAGUUAAUCUUGAUAAUCAUGAGCGUUCCGCAUCAGGGGACAAGCAUUAUUAUUGCAGCUACUGUGAAAAAGCUUUCUCGCAGCAAAUCUUUGUGAAGAACCAUGAACGAGUUCAUACCGGUGAAAAACCUUUCAAUUGUAAUGAUUGUGAUAAAACAUUUAGUCAACAAGUUAACCUACGUAAUCAUCAGAGAAUUCAUUCUGGGGAAAAGCCCUUCCUUUGUAAUGUUUGCCCUAAAGCCUUCAGCCAGCAAGGUAAUUUGAAUACUCAUAUGAGAACACACUCUGGUAAUCGUCCUUACUCUUGUGAUUCAUGUGAUCGCACUUUUACUCAGAAAGUUAAUCUAGACAGUCAUAAACGCAUCCACACGGGAGAUCUCUUUACUUGUACUACAUGUUCUAAAGAAUUCACAUUGGAAAUUAAUUUACGUAAUCAUGAACGGAUUCACACAGGAGAGAAACCAUAUCAAUGCUCGGUUUGUAGUCGUCCUUUCAGUCAACAAACUGCUUUAAAAAACCAUGAACGGAUCCACACAGGCCAACGUCCUUACCAUUGUACUGUUUGUGAUAAAUCUUUCUCACAACUUGGUAACCUCAGCAUUCAUUUAAGAACCCAUUCAGGAGAAAAACCAUAUAAAUGUUCCGAUUGUGGGAAAGCCUUUAGCCAAAGGACUAAUUUAGAUAGUCAUAGGCGUAUUCAUACUGGUGAGUUAUUUAAAUGUUCAUUUUGUCCAAAAGCCUUCUAUCAACAGAUUAAUCUUCGAAAUCAUGAACGCAUUCAUACUGGAGAGAGGCCCUUCACUUGCUCUUUUUGUUCAAAGUCUUUUAGCCAGCAAACCGCUUUAAAGAACCAUGAGAGAGUUCACACUGGAGAAAAGCCCUACCAGUGUAAUUUUUGUCCAAAAUCUUUCAGUCAACUUGGGAACCUUAGUAUUCAUAUGCGAAUACAUACAGGAGUUCGGCCCUUUACCUGUAUGGAGUGUGGUAAAACGUUUAGUCAAAAGACAAAUCUUGACAAUCACAAACGAAUUCAUACUGGAGAGUUAUUCAAAUGUUCUUAUUGCCCCAAAGCUUUCACUUUACAAAUUCACUUGAACAAUCAUGAACGGGUCCAUUCUGGGGAGAAACCCUUUCAGUGUACAAUAUGUUCCAAAUCAUUCAGUCAGCAAGGUAACUUGAAGACGCAUAUGCGAAUACACACUGGCGAAAAACCUUAUUCUUGUAAUCUGUGUGGAAAAGCUUUUUCCCAAAGAGGUAAUUUAAAUAAUCAUAUACGCACUCACACCAGCACUAGUUCUGUAAACAUUAACUCUGAAUGUGAAACUAUGUCUUGUAAUAAAACUCUUUCUGAGAAGCAAAAUAGUAUCAAAAGUGUUCAUGGAAAACAACCAUAUAAUUGCAAUAUUGACAAGGAUUCUUCUUUCUCUUCUCACAAACAAAUCUCCAUGUCUAGUAAAUAUAACAGUUCUGUACCAGUGAGCAGUAGUAAUGAAGAAUCGACUAACAAUGAUUCCAAUAGUAAUAACAACCCGAACCAAGACCGUUCUUUUCAUCGUCAUCGCCAUCAUCAUCACCACCAUCACCACCACCCUUCAGCUAUGAUGGAGGAACGACGUCGAUUAGAAUCACAGAUGACUGCUUCCAUGAGGCUACCACCAUCUUCAGUGUCUUCUUCUUGGAUGGCAGCAUCGUAUCUCCAUGAGAUUCCUCCUAACUGGGAGAAUAACUAUUUAUGGCCUCGCGGUUUCCCUAUGGGACCAAUGUCGUCUUCAUCUUGGCACAAUGUGCCUGGGCCUCUUGCUCAUGAACAGAAACAGAAUAAAACAAAAGAAUUAGCUUUGAACUCUCAAGAUUCUGUUCAAAGAACUAUUUAACUUGUAACCUAUUCUCUAUAUGUACUGGAACAAACCAUAUUUCCAUGCGUACACUUUAUAUUGUUCAGAUGCUUCAUAAUAGAAAUUGCCUUUCAAUGUAAAAGUGUAAUUUAUGUAUUCACUAAAUUAUGUUUACAUUUUCCUACAAAACUCUUUUUACAAACAUCUAAUUUUAUCAUAGUUUAUAAUGCAUUCAUUUACGUCUAAUCUUCUAAUAGCAGUAAUUGCAAACCUUACUCUGAAAGUGUUAUUAGAUUUGUCUGCAACAAACUUGUUUUGUUACAUCUGAAAGUGCUAAAGAAAACUUGUGAUACCUACAAGUUUCUUUCACUCAUUUCAUUUGUCUCAAAUUUGAUUUUAUAUGCUGUAAUCAAAUUAUUUCAAAUAACUUUGUUAACCUAAUUAGAUUUCAGUCUUAGAAAACAAAUCUCAGUCAUUUUGCUCCACUCUAAAACGUAUUAGAGCUUUAGCAGCAAAUUGUAAUUGUGACUAUAAAAUGAUAGCUGCCAUAUAUUUCUUGGUUACAUAAGUAGAGUACGAUAGCUAUGUCUCUUCCCUCUACCCAAAGAUAAAAUACAAAUGUAGCAAAUAAUAUCAAGAAAAUAUAAAUUUAUUUAUUAAUAUCAGGUUUUAAUUACAUAUCAAACUGAUAGAAGUCUAAAUUUCCUCAGAAUUGUGACUUGAUGAGCUUUGUAGGUGAAAGACAGUUCUGAAAUGGGUUUGUGUGACUUGAUGAGGAAAAUACUUAUUAAUAAAGUUAGCUACUUCUUUUCAUUUAGAAAUACCAAAUUUAAUGCAAGUUUUUUUUGUUUUUCUUUUUUGCUAUAAAAGUUUUAACUUCAGCUUUCAUGUGUUUGAAGUUUCCACUUAAACUAAAUAUAACUUUUACUUCAUAUACAUACAUACAUACAUGCAGGGAUGCAUGCAUGCAUACAUCAUACAUACAUACUUUAUAUGUGUGUACUUAGUUGUGAGUUAAUCAGGCUACCAUUGGUUUCAUGUUAAGAGAAAGAUAUAUCCUUUAACAAUUAUCCAGCCUGUCACAUGGAAUGUUGUUGUUUGUCUCCAUUUUGGAUGGAGAUAAUUGCUGAGAGAUAUAUAUCUCUUAACAUGAAACAGAUGGUAGCCUAAUUGACCGAAAAAUAAAGAAUAUUUCCCCCCAUUGUGGUGUUAGCACUCAUUCUCACUUUUUGAUAUUAGUGCACAUAUAUAUAUAUAUAUAUAAAUAUAUAUAUAUAUAAAUAUAUAUAUAUUGUAUAAAGGAUCGUGGGUAAGGCCAAAACAAUGUGAAGUAAAUGCAAGGUAAAUCACAAGAAAACAAAUAUGUGAAUUAGUGUAGACUUACCUUUAUUCAAUAUUUCGGGUUUUCAAUAAAUCGAUGGAUCUUGCUGAUGUACAGUGCUUCAUAGUAAUUAUUCCAUUAUAAUCAUUUAACGUCCGCUUUCCAUGCUAGCAUGGGUUGGACGAUUUGACUGAGGACUGACUAACCAGGUGGCUACACCAGGCUCCAAUCUGAUUUGGCAGAGUUUCUACAGUUGGAUGCCCUUCUUAAUGCCAACCACUCCGAGAGUGUAGUGGGUGCCUUUAUGUGCUACCAGCAUGAGGGCCAGUCUGGCAGUACUGGCAACAGACACGCUCAAAUGGUGUUUUUUACGUGCCACCUGCACAGGAGUCAGUCCAGUGGCACUGGCAACAACCUCGCUCGAAUGUUUUGUUCACGUGCCAGUAAG